AUGUCUCAGACAUUCACACUGAAAGGUCGUUCUAGCUGUUUAAGCGUGGACAUUAAUCCUCCAAUAGAACUCGAUUCUAGAUACAGUUAUUCUCUAGCUCUGAUAUCUCUCAGUACCUGGAAUUCAAUACCGAAUAUCGAACCAGGUCGAAAUAAGUUUCAUUAUUCUGUAGACGAUCAGGAAUCAAGACCGGUCAACUUUAGAGGUGAAGAUAUUGUUAUACGUUUGAGCUUAAAAAGAAUGGGUUUAACUUUUAAACCUUACUAUUUAAAUACCAGAUCACAGAGCAAUCAAUCAGUUAGUACUUGUACGCCGAAGCAGACGCUCACGUCAAGAGUAUACUUCAGCUUCACCAUAUUAUCAGCAAAUAUGGACUCCGUAUCAGAAAAACUACAAAUAUUCCAACCGGUCAACGUAGAUGAAUCCAUUGCUCGAGAAGAAUGGCAUACGUAUCACCCGUUCACCAAAUCAUUUAAGAACAGCGAUGAGAUAGAAAUUGUUAUUAACCAACAGGAUGUGUUUAUGGAUAUUAGCCAAGCCGAAUUAUACAUUGAAGCCAAAUUUCUGGAAGAAGUAUCGACAGUUGUGAAAACAGGAAAAUGUUCCCUGACAAAUAACGUUGGAGCAUUUCUAUUUGAAUCGAUAACGUAUGAAUUGAAUGGAAAAGUAAUCGAUAAAGUACGAGAUCCAGGGCUUAUAAGUACCGUUAAAAGUCUUUUGUGUCUCAAUCAAAAUGAAAGUACUGCCCUUGAUGUGGCGGGAUGGAAUUGGCCGAACGGUACUGUGAAAUCAUAUGAACCACAAACGGAUAAUUUCAGUCUCCUAAUACCGUUGAAUUUCCUAUUGAACGUCUUCUCCGAUUAUACUAGCGCAAUUAUGGGAACGCAGAAAUUAAAGCUUGUACGUGCCAAAAAAGAUGAUAAUUGUUAUGUUAAUUCAGAGGGAAACAAGAAAGCAGACAUCACCAUUUUGAAUAUCGAGUUAAGAGACAAACCGGUAUUUAUUGGAUUUAGGAAAUGGGAAAUUCAUGAACUACCUGCUCUACGACAAGCGAGAAAAGAUGUAUGGACAGUGAAGGCAGCAUCUGAACGAGCGAGAUAUGUUGUUGUAUUCUUCCAAGAAGAUCGAAAAGAUAACUAUAAAGCUGAUGGCACAUAUUUCGAUAAUUUGAAAAUUACAGAUGUCAAGCUUUAUCUAAAUUCCGAGGCCUACCCAUAUGAAUCCCUAGAUUUAAAUUUCAAAACCAGACAGUUUACUAAAGCCUAUUCCAUGUAUACGGAUUUUCAAAAAUCGUAUUUGGGAAAGAUCAAUAGCGAACCUUUGCUAGAUUUUACCGCUUUUGCCAGUCGAGCCCUAUUUGUAAUUGAUUGUUCAAAACAAAACGAGGCUCUGAAAAGUAAUGUGAUAGAUGUAAAGCUAGAAUUUGAGAGUUCGGAAAAUUUCCCCGAAAACACCCGAGCAUUUUGUAUCAUCAUAUACGAUCGAGUCAUGGAAUAUUUACCUUUAUCAGGACAUGUUAGAACGCUAAUUUAA